AUGCCCGUCUUCACUGAGCAUUCUUCUUCAUCUCGGAAUUUGAGAGUCUUGCCCUCUUUUGCUGCACCACUGCCUCGCCCAGCACCCCCAUUUGAGCCUCAAAGUAAUGGUGAGAAGUACGAAGUAGUCAUCGUGGGCGCCGGACCAGCCGGUUUGAUGCUCAACCUCCUCCUGUCUCGCUACGGCCUCAGCGACACCUCCCUCCUUUGCAUCGAUUCCAAACCCAGCACACUCAAAACUGGCCAAGCAGAUGGCGUCCAGCCCAGGACAUUGGAAGUAUUCAAGACCCUCGGGAUCUCCGACGAGAUUGAAAAUGAGGCAUGCCACAUGUGGCAAUUCGCAUUCUGGAAUCCCUCAAAUGACAAGGACAAAAUCAUCGAGCGAACUGCAGUCGUACCGGAAGUGCUCGCUCCCUCCCGAUUCAGCUAUGAGGCUACCAUUCAUCAGGGUCGUAUUGAGCGCAUCAUGGAAACCGAUCUACUGCGGUACUCGAAGAGAGGUGUCCUCCGCAAUACGCGGCUAGUCGAUGUCCGGAUUGAUGAAGAGUCUGAUGCAGAAUUCCCGGUGGUCGUCACCAUGGACACAAACGGCGAGGAGAAAGUUGUGCGUACAAAGCAUCUGGUCGGUGCUGAUGGUGCACACUCCAUCGUCCGGCAGUGCAUGGGCCUGCGUCUCGAGGGAGAAUCCCUGGACCAUAUCUGGGGCGUAAUCGACUUGGUGGCUGAUACCGAUUUUCCGGAUAUCCGUCGGCGCUGUGCGAUUCACUCUCCUGCGGGCUCGGUGAUGGUUAUUCCACGAGAGAGGAUUUCCACGGGCGAGUAUCUCACUCGACUCUAUGUUCAUGUUCCCGAGACGGUGGUUCCGGACAACGACCAGGAUCAGGUUCUAGAUGCUAAUGGGGCUGUCAAGGCUGAAGAUGCGCGGCAACGGAGAAGCAAGAUUACGCAGGAUGGUAUUUUGCAGCAGGCGGCUGAUGCGAUGAAGCCGUAUUAUAUCCGUCCGAAGGAUGGGGUAGUUGACUGGUGGGCUGCUUAUCAGAUCGGUCAGCGUGUCUCGCCGCAGUUUAUUGUGAAUGACUCGCAAGGCGUUGGCAGAGUGUUCAUCGUCGGUGAUGCCUGCCAUACCCACAGUCCUAAAGCCGGUCAGGGAAUGAACGUCUCCAUGAUGGACUCCUACAAUCUAGCAUGGAAGCUCAUAUACCACGUCAACGGUCUCGCCCCAGAACCAACAGCAACAGGAACGCCAACACCACUCCUCGACUCAUACCAAACCGAGAGACACCAGAUCGCGCAGCAACUGAUAGACUUUGACCGGAAAUUCUCGACCAUGUUCUCCGGUAAAAUGGGUGCUACCGAGGGCCUUACUCAAGAGGAAUUCCAGCAGGCCUUUAAGCUCGGAAAUGGGUUCACCAGUGGUUGUGGUGUGGAAUAUCCCGAGAGCACCGUGGUGCUGCGCGAUGAUUUGGAGGACUCAACUAGUCCUGUCAAGGGAACGGAUUACCUAUCUGGAAUCCUGAGGCCCGGCCGCAGGUUAUUAGAUGUUCGACUCUUGCGACAUGCUGAUGGGUCACCGCGGCAUAUUCAUGACGACAUUCCUUCAACGGGUCGAUUCCGCGUUCUUUGUCUAGCUUCGACUGAUCUUCUUGAUCGGCAAAGCGUUUCCGCACGGGCACUGGAUGCAGUCAGUGGACUGAUGACCACAUUCCCCGUGUCGAUUAUUGAGUUGAUCGUAUUACAUCCGAAGCUUCAUCGGCCGUUCGAGUGGGAUGAUGUUCCCACUUGUGUCAAGCAGCGAGCGGAGAUGCGCUUCCAUGAUGGGUCGGCUUUGGAUGACGCCUAUGCUAUUUACGGCGUGGAUCCUGCGAAAGGUGCUCUGGCUGUGAUUAGGCCUGAUGGAUACGUCGGAGUUGUUGCACGGCUUGACCAUGUUUCGCGGGUGGAAGAGUAUCUCAAGAGAUGUAUCAGAACGGUUAACGAGGGCUGA